AUGUGGGUGGUGGAGAAGAUCCGCGUGUCAGUGGAGAGAUCUAACCUGCCCGUCCCUUCAGCCGAGCUCAACUUUAAAAUUAGUGACAUCAUGUUUGGAGACAAAGCCGACAAGACCAAAAGGAUUUUCCUAUGUCCUAAUGUCAUCACUCCUGACAACAUCCCAGAGUUCUUCAUCCCCCCAACAAUCCCAUCCUUGCAGGAGACGAAGAGCACGGAGCACAGCCGAGGAGCCGCCCGCGUCAAGGUGUCUCCCUCUGAGAGGCCCAACCCUGAAAUAGAGGUGACGCACUACGAGCAUUUCAAUCCACACAUUAUCCAGGUGGAGAGCGUGGAUGAUGGCCCCUAUGAUGACUGCAGUGAUGAGGAGACCACCAACGCAGACCCCCAUAGUCAGGCUGCCUUGUCCCUCCCGCACCUUGCCAAAGCCCAGACCUGCUAUGGCUUUUGCACUUUACUGGAGAGCCCCCACACCAGAAGGAAGGAGUCGCUCUUCCACUCCGACCCUGGCUCCUCUCCCCUGCUGCUGCCCAGGAGUCGAUCCAGCGGCUGCUCCAAAGUCUCCCACUCUACCUCGCCCUCCUCCUCUCAUUCGUCUCUUGGCCUGAACACCCUGAGUUCCAGGCUUUCCCCAAAAUGCUACUCCCUGAACUGGCAAACCGCUAUGGACAGCGAUACCACUUCUUCCACUGAGUCCUCUCCUUUCAGCUCGCCACUGCUGACCAGGUGCCCCGGCAAGUCUUCCCUCUUCAAAACACUGAGUCAUGAACUACUCCUGGCGAGGAACAUGAGGAAGGCAAUGGUGUCCAGGAACAAUUCCCUGUCUACAGAUGAAGGCAGCUCCACAGACAACAGCCCCAAUGUCAUGAGGAGAGCGUCAGAGGGAUUAGCUGAAGGCCUGCCGGGGAACUAUAGCCUGUCGCCACCGACCAUCUUCCCCAUGGACUUGACUCUGCACAGAGAGAGGGUAAUGAAGGAACAAAUGGUGCCCAUAGGGAAAGACGGCUGCCUGAGACUCUCGGCAGAGUACUGUCCAGAUAACCAAAGACUGCGCGUUCGACUGAUCAGCGCUGAGGGCCUCUACCCGCUCUCUGUAGAUCCUAAGAUUAUCAACUGCAGCAUCAGCCUCUGUCUGGUUCCUGGAAAAGUCCAGAAGCAACGCAGCACAGUCAUCAGAAAGAGCCGUAAUCCAAUCUUCAACGAGGAUUUCUUCUUUGAUGGUAUCGCAGAGGAGAACCUCAGCCAGCGGUCCCUUCGCUUUAAAGUGGUGAACAAAAUGUCAACCCUGAAAAGAGACUAUCUCCUCGGUGAUUGUGAUUUGCCUCUUUCUCAAAUUGUGUCAUGA